AAUACCAGCUGCACAAUGUAUUUUCCGUUCGUGAUGCUUACGCUCCAAGUCUUAAAUGCAUAGAACAGAUGUGGUGUCAACGCUGAUGCGGGUAUACAGCUUACUUAGUCUAUUUUUCUAAGAAUAGUUGAAAGGCACCUCGUCCUGACGGCCUUCCUGUCACAAUGGCAUCAUUAAAUGGAGAUAACUUGACCAGUAUACCUAUGAUACCAAGCCCUACCACUGUCUUAACUACCGCCAACCCGGACCAACAGGGAGGAGGCGGAGGGGCUGUACUCAACGAACUGUACCUCAAGAUCAUAUACGCCCUUAUCGGUCUACUUGGGAUAGUGGGAAACGGCAUCGUUUGUCUUGUGUUCACCAUCAAACGACGGCAGUUUCAGUCCAUUACGAAUUAUCUUAUAUUGAACCAGUCGGUUAUAGAUCUCUUAGACUCCAUAUUUUUUAUUCUUAUACACUAUGCAUCUCCGAAUGGUCCCAUCUCGGAGACAGCAAAUAUACCGAGCCGUGGCCUUGCCGAGUUCUUCUGUCGGAUGUGGGACUCGGAGUAUCCCCUGUGGGCGCUCUACAUCGCGUCCACAGCGAAUCUAGUGAUCCUUUCCUUGGAGCGCUACUUUGCAACGUGCCGUCCUGUUAUUCACCGGAACUUCUUCACCGUCCGACGAGCCAAGUGGGCGAUGCUGUGCGUGUGGGUUUACGGUGCCGUCUAUCAGCUCUAUUGGCCUCUGGUGCAGACCUUCUCCGCCGACUGGAGAUGCCAUCCCAACUGGCCCAAUCGCGUCGUCCAGAUGUUCAUGGGUGUUCUGCUCUUUUCGCUGGAGUACCUGAUCCCGCUCAUCAUCAUGACUUGUUCUUACGUUAGCAUUAUACUCAUGUUACGUAACCGCACCAAGAGUCAUGGAAAGGUGCAGGUCAACGCGUUCCAACGAGCAAAGCGGAACGUCACGACAACUCUGUGCAUCGUAUUCGUAAGCUACGUCGUUUGUUGGACACCUACAGAGCUAUCCUACCUCGCCUAUAACCUAGGACAUGACUACAACUUUGAGAGUGCGGUCCAUGACGUAUUGAAGGGUUUAGUCGCCUGCAAUCUCUGUGUCAAUCCAUUCAUUUAUGCGUUCAAGUACGAGCAUUUUCAGUCCGAGUUAAAGAAAAUCUUCUGUUCGAUGUGUAACGCGGGGAAUCGUAUAAGUACUGAGUCUCGUGGAACUGUUCUAAGCCCAGCGAACAACUCUUCGAAUAACACACCUUGACAUGAACUCCACUUUUAUACCCAUGUUUGUAUGAUACGAAGUCACUAUAUUUUGCGCAUCUCCAACAUUCUCAACAAUAUCAUUUUUCAUUUGAGAAAGUAUUGCUCUUUCGGCGGAAUUGAUUGAAGUCUAGGUCUCAUGGGAAAUCUUGCUUAUUCUGACAAAAUGAAACGCAGUGAAGAGCAGAAUAUAUUAAAAAGUGUAUAUAGCUGACUUAUUUUCCAGCACCACCAAAUAUAUAUUUUCGCAAAUGCCUGAUGAUAGUGACUAUGCAUCGACUUUUUAUCAUAAUGGUAUCACCAUAAUGGUAUCAUUUUCUGAUAACGCGAUCGCGGCUACUUUCGGAAAAUCAAUCAAAGGCAAUUUAGUUGGAAUUGCAUGCAGUCUGUUAAGAUGUUCGAACAUUGAAUCGAAAUUAUAAUUGGGAAUUGAAAUGGCCUUUUGAGUUGAUUUUUUUUUGGAGAAAGUGUUACCGAUCGUAUUUAAAGAUAAACUUGAGUUCUGGUAAAAACAAUUAAAGGAAAAUUUCACAGAA